AUGAACUUCAAUUUUGAAUUUGUGGCCACAAUGUACACAAGGAUGCAUUAUUGCAGUUUAAUAGGGGAUUUCAUGGCGACCCGCUUGGACGCUUACCAUUGGAGUCCAGUGAACUUGUCCAGUUUCUGCUCUUGGACUGGCGUCAUUUGCAGCAACUCCAGCCGCAAACUGGCUCUGGUGCUCCCGGGCACUCUUAAAAUGGCACUCUUACUGCGGGUGUUCUCUUUCGGAUACAACGACCUUCUUGGGAAUGUACCUGAGGAACCUGGGAAACUAGCGAAUUUGGAGGACUUGGUAAGUUACAGAAACGAUUCGAGUGGUGUCAUACUAAACUCGCUGGCACUGUUCGAAGCCAGGACACUGGAUGCUGAUAAUAACUACUUCACUGGUCCAUCAAACAAUCCUUCUGGGAUUGUAUCAGAGAAGCUCGGGGAACUAGCCAAUCUGACGGAGCUGCAUCUUUAUAGCGAUGGACUUACUGGUCCAAUACCAGUCUCAAUAGCAUAUUGUUCAAAGCUGAGCGGUUCCUCUCUAGUAGAUUGUUCCGAGCUCAAGGGCUCCUUGCAUCGUUUCCUGGUCAAUUGCACGAACAUGCAGGCAUUGCACGUGUCAACAAAUCCGCUGAGCAGUAUCGAACCUCGAGAGAUUGGCCGUUUGAAUUCGCUUCAAAGGUUGUACGUUCAUGAGAAUUUACUCCAGGCUACUAUACCUCCUCCUUUGACCAACUGCUCAGAUUUUGGUGGGUGGUCUGUCGACGCGAGGUAUAUUUUCAGCAACAAGUUGACAGGGAUCAUACCUGUUUCUGUCGUCAAUUGUUCCUCGCUGUCAGCUCCGGCGCUGCCAGACAACUCUCUCACAGGGUCCAAUGCGUUGCAUAGAAAGAUUCCGCCGAGGAUCGGCAAUCUCAGGAAUUCCCUCUUAACUUUGGGCCACGACCGGCUUGGCCGAGCAAUUCCACGCUCUUUGGAGCACUGUGGUCUGUUGAGAACUCUGGACGUCGACAGUGACGAGGCGUCAGGUAUUCUGGAGGGCUUUGCAAGGAGAGCGCUGCCUUAUCUUCAGGUUCUGGACCUCUCAGAUAAUCGCUUCACUGGACAUCUUCCUGUAACCAUCCAGUGCAUUGAUGACUUCAAGAGAACAUCUAUCUCCACAAUGGUUGGAACUGGGGACCAUCUAAUGGCGAUGUUUGAUAGCGGCACUGGCAAGUUCUGGAUCAAUGCGCAGUUCCUGACGACCGUGUGGGACAAUGGAACUCUAACGAGCUUCACUUAG